AUGAAUGCUUCGCAGCUGGGCCUGUGGGUGGAAAGGUGGCGCGGCAACUUCAGCAAGGAGAACCGCUUUGACCAGUACAUGGACAACCACCUGGGACUCGUCUUUGAUUCCCUGGACCCUUUGGUGGAGAAAUGGCAGCGUGAUGGCGUGCCCUUCAUUUGCCGCACCUGGUGCUGUGGCCCCGGGAUGCCGCAAUUCCCUCUGCACUGCCCGGGCAAGAUCCCAAACACCUACUUCUGCGAGCAGGGCUGCUAUGUGGAAGCUCCCCACGGCAUCGUGGUGGAGGCCUUGUGCGGCCUCGAGGGCUAUCAGCAGUCCCGGAAGUGCCUCAGUCGCAUUCAGCCGGAAGAGCUCAAAAUCUUCGACUUCUGCACCGACGCCUGA